GUAGAUUCCGCGCCGUUUGCACGGUUGGUUAGUUUUUUGACGUUCAGAAAUGUCAUUUUUAUAAAUUUUUAAUUUGCGAUAUUAGUGGCUUUAAUCGUAAACUCAUUCCCGUACAUUUUUUUACAAAGAUGAAUACGUGUAAAUUGGCCGUACCUGUCGAUGACAGUGACGGUGACCACCGAUGGAUGAGUAUCCACAAACGUUUCAUCUCAGAGUCGCGAGAGAAAGACGCCGAUGUGGUUUUUGUUGGCGAUUCGAUCGUGCAAGCUUUACAACACACUGAAGUGUGGAACGAACUUUUUGCUCCUUUACAUUGUUUAAAUUUCGGUAUCCACAGAGACAAGAUCGAGAACGUCCUCUGGAGGAUUCAAAACGGCGAACUCGAUAACGUAAAACCCAAAGUUAUAGUUCUUCACGUCGGUACUAACAACCACGCAAAUACUCCUGAAGAAAUCACUGAAGGAAUUUUAGAAAUAAUCAGUACAAUAAGAGAACGACACCAUGAUGUUUAUAUCGUAGUUCCCACAUUGUUACCUAGGGGGCAGCACCCCAACAAACUGAGGGAGCGCAUGGCUCAGGCCAAUGAGCUCCUCAAAAGCAAAUUAGUCAAUUUACCCAAAGUGGAAUUGGUUGUGAUCGAUAAAGGCUUUGUACAAUCAGACGGGACAAUAAGUCACCACGACAUGCAUGAUUACCUCCUGCUCACUAACGCCGGCAGCAGGAAAGCCUUUGAGCCAGUUCAUGACUUACUUCUCCAAUUGCUCAGUGAAGGAGAACCCGAAAGAGAUCUCACACCAUCGGAAUAAAGUUCAAAUGCCUUUUUAUUCGCUUGUUUAGAUUAAGCUCAGGCUCUUUGCCUUAAGUUUUGUUUUUGAAUCUCAUGUGAUAAUAAGGUUAAAAACAUUGUAAAUUUUUUUCACAUUCCGAAUUUAUUUUUUCCUAUUAAUAGGAAGUCGCUAUUUAUUUAUGCUAGUUUAAGGUACUUUAAGAAGAACUGUUUAGUUGUGAUAAUUGCUAUUCUUAUUAUUUCUAUACAUACCUAUAAAAUUGGAAUAAAAUUUGCAUCAAAAGUAAAAA